GCUUUUAUUGGUUUUCUGUGUUCUCAGUUAUUAUUGUAAAUAUUUUUAUUAAAAAAAAUUGAUUGAUUUAAUGAAAAAAUGGUUUGCGAUAAGUGUGAGAAAAAGUUGGGUAAAGUCAUAACGCCUGAUCCAUGGAAAAGUGGAGCACGAAAUACAACUGAGGGUGGAGGGAGGAAAGUGAAUGAAAAUAAAGCCUUGACUUCUGGUGUAAAUAGGUUUAAUCCUUACAGUACCAAAUUUGCAGCUUGUAGGAUAUGUCGACAGAAAGUACAUCAAGCAGGAUCACAUUAUUGCCAAUCUUGUGCUUAUAAGAGAGGUAUAUGUGCCAUGUGUGGAAAGAAAAUGAUAAGCACCAAAAAUUAUAGACAGUCCUCCGCUUAAACCAAAAUUUGUUUGAGUUCUAGGGGGUUCAAAAAUAUAUUGUCUAUAUUAUUCGAAGACCAUAAAUGAAAUAAUUAAUAUGAUGUUGAUGUACAUUUUACGUCUGUCUAUCAAAAGUUGCAUGUAAAUACUCUAUGAAAUAUCAAAGAAUAUCAAGAUUUUCCAAAUGCAACUGUUAUUGUAUUUAAAUUGGUUGAAUACUAAUAUGAAUUUUACUAUUAUUUAGCAGAAGGCAAAUGUUUUAUUAUAAUUGUUGUAAUAUUGCAAAUUGAAAUAUUUUUGGGAUAAAAACAACUUGGUUCAAAUGAGUUAGAGAGAAUAACUGGAAAGAUGAAAUAUUAGUAAUGUUUUGAUCAAUGUAUUGACAUUGCGACGACAAUCCACGCAAUACAGGGAUUGAAUCAUUGAAGGAUGGGCAAUAUACUUUAGCUAUAUAUAAACUUUAAAUUAUAUAAUAUGUAUUUCAAUUGUACAUAUUGGAUUUAAUAUUUAAACAAAAUGUAAUUGUAUCAUAAUUGGGAAAUUACCUUGUUUACUAUUUUACUUCAUAACUUUUUUCUAUAAUAAACUGACAAAUUUCAA